AUGUCAUACGAAGCGCAACCCCCGCCCACUUCGAACGAGCCGGGCGCAGGCUACAUCAACUCCUCGGUCAUGGACUUCCUGUUAAUCGAGCUGGUACCCAUGGCCUACCGUAUGGCUGCCGAGCUGGCUGCACGCGAGGAGGAAUACGUGACGCCUGGUAAUCCAACCGUCACGGCGGGUCGGAGAGCGUCAGCUGUCACAAUUACGAAUGGCGGUACACCCAAGAGCGGGACCACUCCAAGGAUACCUGAGGGCGCCGCUGUGGGCAGCGCGGAGGAGGAAGACUACAAGGAUGCCGUAUUAUAUCGCUUAGAGACACUGGGCUAUCGCGUGGGUCUGGGCAUAACUGAACGCUUCUCUCGCGACAAACCGCGCUUCAGCGAAACCCUCGAUGUCAUCAAAUUUCUGUGCAAAGACCUUUGGACCCUUGUCUUCCGCAAGCAAAUCGAUAAUUUGAAGACCAAUCAUCGCGGCAUUUACGUCCUCACCGACCAACACUUCAAGCCCCUCACCAAGAUGAGCCUGGAAAGGGGAAUCGGCGACAACAUUGUGACUGCAAAAGCCCAACCGUUCCUCUACUUCCCCGCUGGUCUCAUCCGCGGCGCACUUGCCAGCAUGGGAAUCCUCGCGACUGUCACGGCGGAAUCGACAGGCCUUCCUGGCGCAACAUUCCAAAUCCGCACUCAAGGCGCCAAGUCAUAG